AUCGUAAUCUUCACCCGAUUUGUAUAUAAUAAGCAUUUCAACACACUAUGAUAUAUCCUCUUAAUAUGACUUUCCAUAUAUCAUGUGUUUAAUGCACCAACCUGAAAAAAACGUGGUAAAAUGAAAAAUGCAUACAAUACAACUUCCACUGAUAGAUAUAAUAAGCAGGGUGUUCAAACCCCGAUAUUAAAUAUCAUAUGAAAAUUUGGGGUACAAGGGGUUCGUGAUUUUAAUAAAAUUUGAAUACAUCUUAUUUGUCGGCAUCAGCAGAUGGCGUUUUGAUUCUGACAAGAGUCGACUUUAAUCGACUCUGCGAGUGCGUUUUUAAGAAACUAACACUUUCAUUGACGUCAACGUGAUUGUUAUCUGGAUAGAUGACAAUUUGUCAGUAAUAUUUUUUAAACAUUAUUCUACGUUAUCAAGUAAUGUUAAUGAAGGAUUUCUGGAGGAUUCGAACAGAUUUUGUAGAUUCAUUCAUAACCUAACUUAAAAUAUGGUCCGCGUUAAAAACAGGUACAUUACAAUUGAAAUAAUACCUAACAGCAACGCUGACAAAUCUUUGGCAUUGAAAACAACGGCAUUACAUAAUGCCAUACAACAAAAAGUACAACAGAUGUAUGGAGAUUACGGUCAAGCUGCAAUUAAAGCUGGAUUUAAUGCAAAGUACAGUAAUGUACACACAAAAAUUGCUUUGAUAAAAGUCCGACAUGGCCCACACAAGUUUGUUGUCAAUUCUAUACCACAAAUAACCGACAUCGGAGGACGUUUUGUGUCUGUGAAAAUACUAUAUAUUGGUGCGACUCUAAAGCACUGCUUCCUAUUUAUUAAAAGAUUUCAACUGAAAAAACUGGAAUAUAUGUGGGAAAGCCUGAAAAGCGAGACCGACAAGAAACGUAUGGAAGACGCAUUAAUGAGUAUGACCCCAGCGAUGAAAGACUUCAAAUAAGGUCCAUUUUUCAGAUACCUUAGUUAGAAAUAAAAAUCAUUAAAUUAUUUUUUAUA